AAAUGGUGAACAAGCCUUAUUCCAGAUAAUUUCUCUACAGUGAAACGCCAUCGCAAAGCAUUUUGACUGGCAAAAUGCUCCUAAGAUGGCUGACCUGGGACGUUAAGGACACUUUGAUCCGAGUGCGCCACUCUGUUGGCGAGCAAUACUGCAGUGAGGCUCGCCUCUUUGGAAUCCGGUUGGACCCCAAAGCUGUAGAUGCCGCUUUCCAGGUUGCCUACAAAAAGCAAAAUGCACUCUUUCCAAACUAUGGGCUUGCUCAAGGACUGUCUUCAAGGAAAUGGUGGGAGCAAAUGGUACGUGGAACUUUUAAUCAGUGUGGUGUGCAUGAGGAGAAAACCUUGGGCCCCUUAGCAGAGAGGCUCUAUUUGGGCUUUUGUGGGGCCCAUAACUGGGAAGUGUUCUCCGAUGUGGAGCUGGCUCUUUCUGAAUGCAGCCGCAUGGGGCUGCCUAUGGGAGUGCUCUCCAACUUUGACUGUCGUUUAGAACAAAUACUGGUGAACUGUGGGCUGCGGAGGUUCUUCAAGUUUGUGGUCACUUCUGAAAGUGCUGGGGUAGCUAAGCCAGAUAAAAGGAUCUUCCAAGUGGCACUCGCUCAUUCUGGGACUCCACAGCCUGGACUUGUAAGUCAUAUAGGAGAUCACUACUGGAAUGACUACAAGGCAGCUCGUGAGGUGGGCAUGCAGAGCCUACUGUUAAACCGGUCUGGAGAAAAAAGGAGUCCUGAUGAGAACGUGCCACAAGAGCACAUUCUCACCUCUUUGGAUCAACUUGUUGCUCGUUUGCAGGUGUGAGAGUGGACUCUGGGUAUUGAGCUCCAUUGCAGGCACCUUGACACCCAUGUAAUAGUUACAGCAGAAGUGUAAUACUUAGAAACAUAUUAAAAUAUAAGACAAUGAA